UAAAGUAAAUGAUGUGUACUUCCGGUAGGCAGUAAGCAGUACAGUGGCUCAGGGCACCUCGUUUAACAGUAGUUUUCGUAUUUUAAAAGCUAUUUUAAACGUGAUUUGUUGCAGUAGUGUUUGUGUCGCGUCACUGUACACAGGAGGAGGGUCUCUGGUCAGUGGGAAGAGCCUCUAUCUGGAAGAGUCACUCAAGGGCGGAAUAAAACAGGUUCUGCUGUAUUGUAGGGCAUUUAGUCCAGAACACAGGCAGCCUUGACACUUCCGCUCCACAGGAUAUAAACAACGUUCGGCGAAAAAACACAAGAAUCUCGGCCUAAUCAUCAUGUUGCUGCGUAAAGUUACUCAAAGUCCUGCCCUCUGCAACUCUGUCCUCCGUCUACAACCGGCAAUUACAGGAGCACAGCGCCAAACUGGAGCUCUUGUGGCAGUGCAAAAUGCUCGUUUUUACGCUAGCCAGGCUGCAGAGGCUGUUCUGGACAAGAAUGUAGUUGGCAGGGAGGCCACAGUAACAGCUGAGAAGGUUGACAAGACGGCCAGUGUGGAGUCUAAGUCCUUUGCUGUGAACAUGUUCAAAGGGCAAAUCAACACUUCUCAGGUGUUCCCCUUUCCCUCAGUGCUCAAUGAAGAGCAGUCACAGUUCCUCAGGGAGUUAGUUGGGCCAUGCAGUAAGUUUUUUGAGGAAGUAAAUGACCCCAUGAAGAAUGAUGCUCUUGAGAAGGUGGAGGAGCACACAAUGGAAGGCCUGAAGGAGAUGGGAGCUUUUGGUCUUCAGGUGCCUGCAGAACUUGGUGGCGUUGGCCUCACCAACACACAGUACGCCAGGCUGGUGGAGAUUGUUGGGAUGCAUGAUCUGGGUGUGGGCAUCACUCUUGGUGCCCAUCAGUCCAUUGGCUUCAAAGGCAUCCUACUUUUUGGCAACCCCCAGCAGAAAGAGAAGUACCUUCCAAAGCUGGCCACUGGAGAGAACAUUGCUGCCUUCUGUCUUACUGAACCAGCGAGCGGUUCUGAUGCAGCCUCCAUUAAAACCAGUGCAGUUCUUUCCCCCUGCGGCAAGUACUACACCAUGAAUGGAAGCAAGAUCUGGAUCAGUAAUGGAGGGAUUGCUGAGAUCUUCACUGUGUUUGCAAAGACUCCAGUGAAGGAUGAGAAGACUGGAGAGAUGAAGGACAAAAUUACAGCGUUCAUUGUGGAGAAGAGCUUCGGAGGAGUCACACAUGGUCCUCCUGAGAAAAAGAUGGGCAUUAAAGCAUCCAACACGGCAGAAUUGUACUUCGAGAACGUGCGUGUCCCUGCGGAGUGUGUGCUGGGAGAGAUUGGAGGUGGUUUCAAAGUGGCCAUGAACAUCCUCAACAAUGGCCGCUUUGGCAUGGCCGCAGCCCUCUCUGGCACCAUGAAGGGUGCCAUCGCCAAAGCGGUUGACCAUGCUGCUAACCGGACCCAGUUUGGCAACAAGAUCCACAACUAUGGUGUCAUUCAGGAAAAGAUGGCCAGAAUGGCAAUGCUUCAGUAUGUGACAGAGUCCAUGGCUUACACAGUUAGUGGGAACAUGGACAGCGGAGCCACAGAAUUCCAGAUCGAGGCAGCCAUUAGUAAAAUCUUUGCUUCUGAAGCAGCUUGGUUGGUGACAGAUGAGUGCAUUCAGAUUAUGGGUGGAAUGGGAUUCAUGAAGGAUGCUGGUGUGGAAAGAGUAUUGAGGGAUCUGCGAAUCUUCAGAAUCUUUGAGGGUACCAAUGACAUCCUGCGACUGUUUGUAGCGCUCAACGGCUUCCAGAAUGCAGGCAAUCAGCUGAAGAGCUUGCAGAAAGCUCUAAAGAACCCUCUUGGUAAUGCUGGGGUGUUGGCGAGUGAAAUCACAAAGCGAGCCAAGAGGAAGGCAGGCUUGGGGACAGGACUGACGUUGCAAGGAACGGUCCAUCCAGAGCUUAACCACAGUGGAGAAUUGACUGUUAAAGCCAUCGAGCAGUUUGGAGCGGUUAUUGAAGAGCUGCUUCUAAAACAUGGAAAGAGAAUCAUUGAUGAACAAUUUGUUCUGAAACGAGUUGCAGACUGUGCCAUUGAUCUGUACGCCAUGGUUGUGGUCUUGUCCAGAGCUUCCAGGUCUCUCAGCCAAGGGCACCAUUCUGCACAGCAUGAGAAGAUGCUGUGUGAAACCUGGUGUAGUGAGGCCUAUGACAGAGUCACGCAGGACAUCAAGUUCCUCAGGUCAGGGACGUCCAAGCAGAUCUUCAAGAACAUGCGUGCCAUUUCUGCUGCUGUGGUAGAAAACGGAGGGGUGGUAUCUCCUCAUCCUCUGGGCUUUUAAAGCUACGCUCUCACUCCCAUCACCCAACCAUUUCUUCUCUAACCAGUAGCCAGUCUAAACACACCUGCCCAUAUCUCUUUACCCAGACUGUUCAGAGUUGCAAUCCUUUGAGCGCAGUCUCUCACAUUGUGUUCUUCGACCACAGGAGUGCUUUAAUAUUCCAUAUUGAGCUAUGUAAAUCAAUGAACAGGACAUGUAGAUUUAGGUGUACAUUAAACGAUCGGAUUUGUGUUUGUUUAUAAAUGUAGAGGGUUUUUUUAUGUAUGUAAUCAAGCCUAAUUAAAAAAAAAAAAAAAAGCUGAAUAAUAUUAACCAAUGGUAAGACCUAGUCUGCUUUGAAGAGUGUUAAAAGCUCUGACUGAAGCAUUUUCGACAACAAACCUCAGCCUAAUAUCCGGUCCAGCUGCUAGCAUUUUGCAAAUGUUUUCAAUUUGUCAUUGUUGGUUAACAUUUUUGUGUAGUGGUUUUACAUAUAAAACUUAAACAUCAGUUGUU